AUGGGCCAACUGUCUGUGGAACAAUUAGUGCAUCUGAUCGAAGGCAACCAUUCUGAGCAAAACGUUAAGAAGCAGGUCAGUAACCCUCGUUUCACCCAUGUUAGGGAGUUCACUGUCGCUAACAAGCGAGUAACAUCGCCUGCAUCGGAUAAACGACCGGCGAAAGGUGCUGAGCGAAGCGUUCGGUGCUCGACUGAGGAUUGCGAGGAGGAGUUCCUUAGUGCAGAUGAAGGAGUCGCUUCGUCCGUGGGAGAUGAGGUGACCAUGCCCCCUACAGUUGCAUCGUUAACGGCGACGACUACAACGACCACUACUGCUUCCGCCACUAGCUCAGCAUCUGAAGUAAUUCUCGACGGACGCAAUUACCGAGCUGAUGAUGAAGACGUCACACAGAUCGAUCGUCAGUGCCCCGACGAACAAGAGUUUAUUACGGUGAAUACGAAGAAGAAGAAGAUUUUCGAGUCCACUGGAAAGCAGCAACAACGUACUGGUUCUGCUGGAAAAGAAGAGCGUCAUCUGCGUGAUGCAGAACGUCUCGAACCUGGUAGACGCAGUUCACUGGGUGUUGCUCCAGAAGCGCGAACAACUCCCUCGGCAAACUCACCCCUACCGUCUGCUCGUCGUCCAACUGCCUCUCUAGCCGACUUCCUGGAUGACAAGGUUAUUCGCAACUCACAGCCCGACGUCGAGGUUUCUUUGCCUGAUAUGCCGAUAGAACGGAUGUCGAAGUCCGCUUCACAAGGUGUCAGCAGUGAUUCUCCCGAGAGGACAUUCUCUUAUGCUGAUGCGGCUAAGAAAUCAUCUGAACCAAGUCGUGACAAUUCCCCUGCAUGUGUUGCCGUUGCAUCACCAUCAGGGAAGUCUGGCUCGCCUGCUCCACAGACACCAACCCCAGUUUUGCCUACAAUGGAAGCGAGUGGUACUGAUGUGUUACCAUGUGCGGAUGUGCCAGCGGGAGCCUCUGGUGCUGCUGAUGGGUUAUCCUUUUUCUACGACGAAACCGAAGCUGCCCAAAAUGAAGAGUCUUCGAAUGAAGUGGACAAUGGAGCGCCCGACAACGCUUUUGUACUAAAUCUCGGUGGAAAAACUGUGCAUUUUGCCAAAGGGAAUGGCAUCAUCGCCUGUCGAUGCACCAUCAAACAGUCACCAUAUGUGCAUGGCUGA